GCGCGAUGACGCGCCGGGACGUGCCCGCUAUAUGAGCUCCGGCAGGCGCUGACUCGGCCCUUUCCGCCUCGCUCCCGCCCGCUCUCGGGUCGCUGCGCAGAGACCCGCGCCGCCGCCCCCCGCCGCCACCAUGAUCAUCUACCGGGACUGCAUCAGCCAGGACGAGAUGUUCUCCGACAUCUACAAGAUCCGGGAGGUGGCGAACGGCCUGUGCCUGGAAGUGGAGGGGAAGAUGGUCACCAGGACAGAGGGUCAAAUUGAUGACUCUCUAAUUGGUGGCAAUGCCUCUGCUGAAGGUCCUGAGGGAGAUGGAACAGAAGCCACGGUCAUAACUGGUGUUGAUAUAGUAAUAAACCACCACCUUCAGGAAACCAGCUUUACAAAAGAAUCCUACAAGAAGUACAUCAAGGACUACAUGAAAGCAAUCAAAGCCAGACUUGAGGAACACAAGCCAGAGAGAGUAAAGCCUUUCAUGACAGGGGCUGCAGAACAAAUCAAACACAUCCUUGCUAACUUCAAAAACUACCAGUUCUUUGUAGGAGAGAACAUGAAUCCAGAUGGUAUGGUGGCUCUCCUGGACUUCCGUGAGGAUGGCGUGACCCCAUAUAUGAUUUUCUUUAAGGACGGCUUAGAGAUUGAGAAAUGUUAACAAAUCAAACAGUAUGGUUUUGGAUCACCUGUCUUCAUAGCUGGCUGCUGUUUCUUCUUCAUCGGCACAACACCAGGAAUUGGCAAUGUCUAACAACUGGACUGAUGUCAUCUUGAGCUUUAUUCACUUAUUUUGACCCUGAUUUGGAGUGGAGGCAUUGUUUUAAAAAAAGGAAAAAACAAACAUCUGUCAUGUAGGUUGUCUAAAAUAAAACUCAUUUAAACCCA